AUGCAGGUCGCAGCUUUGGCCUUGAUCCAUAUAUCUGAUUCUGAAUCGCUGAUUCUCGAUUCGACGUAUUACGUUUUCGAUUCGAUUCGAUUCAUCGAAUUUCUUUGGGUAUCAUUUAAUUACCUAACGGCUGCAGAAAUUUAUAGUUUUAUUGAUUUGGGGCUGACAGGCAAGCGCGACCUGUCCGUUGUGGAAGCUCAGAUUUCGUGUGACAGCCUGCGAAUCAUCUGGUGUUCCUGUCGUUCUUGUCUUGUCUUACAACGGUGUCUAGUCGGACGACGUCGUCUGCGCCUUUUGCCUAGCCUUUAUUGCCUCGUUUCGUUAUCCGGUGGUUUGUACGCUUUGCCCGUUCGAUCGCUGUCCGACACCAGUCACUCGGUAGGUUGCGACGAUCGGUCAGCCGGCAACCUGCUGUCGUCGCGUUCGCGCACUCGCAGAAGACCGUCCCCUCCGCGUCGUACCCUGCCACCGGUGCCGGACGAGACGAGCUAUGAGGAGGCGCGGUCCUCCGCGUCCGCAGACUUCUCUCCUUGGAACUCAACACUGGACGGCUGCGGUGGCAACUCGGUCCAUUCGUCGUCAUGCUGCGUAAAAUGCGACUCAAUAUCCGACAAAAGGAAGCUGCCUUAUAAUGACGAUAAUAAAUAUAAUAACAUUGACGUAUGUCAUUACGACUCACGGGUUCCGAAUGAUCACCGGCUGUCGACGACGACGGCGGUCGGCCACGAUUCUGCAGGUCUGGCUGGCGGCGGUAAGAACGGACUGACCGGAUCGUUCAGCGCCGACUUCAACAAGCGGCCUUUCAACAAGUAA